AUGUUCUUCGACCAGGACGAAGUGUUCGAUGUGUUCAGCCUCGAAGAGGCCCCCAUCCCUCCUCCCUUUGGAUCCAAGCUCGCAUCGCUCAUAAAGGCCCUCGGAGCCGCACGCACCUUCGUCCCAGUCAACGAGCGAUCAGGAAACCUCAUCCCGACCGACUUCAUCAGGCCCUUGAGGCCCGUCUCCGAAGUAUUUGAGUACCGCAACGGCAACCGGACCGUGGCGAAGGAGACGAUCAUCGUGCAGGUCGACGGCGCGUGCUCGGGGAACGGCAGGCCCGAAGCGCGUGCGGGGGUGGGCAUCUACUUCGGCCCGGGCUCGGUGGAGAACGUCUCGCGCAGAAUCGACGGGCGGCAGACGAGCAACCACGCGGAGGUGCGCGCGGCGCUCGAGGCGAUGAAGAAGCUCACGGAGAUGUUCGACAACGACCGGCUCCUGCUUGUGCGGCGGAUGGUGCUGCUCGUUGAUUCCAGCCACGUGUUCCGAGCCAUGACGGAGUGGAUUUUCAGCUGGAGGGAGAACGGGUGGAGGACUUCCGGUGGGGCAGAGGUCAAGAACAAAGCCUGUUUCCAGGAGCUCGAUCGGAUCGUCACAGCGUACGAGAGCCAUGGAUUUGCAGUUCAAUUUUGGUUGGUCCGUCGGGAAUUCAACAAGGAGGCUGAUCUUCUGGCUAAGAACUCGUAUUUAUGA